AUGAUUGAAGGAGUGCAGAGAAGAGCUACCAAGCAGAUUCCAGGAUUGGCAAAAUUAAGCUAUGAAGAAAGGUUGAAGAAACUAAAACUACCAACGCUGAAGUACAGGCGCCACCGAGGAGAUAUGAUUGAAGUGUACAAAAUAACAAGUGGAAAGUAUGACCCAUUAGCAGCAGACUUUAUCAAGUUAAGGAGAGACCACGUUACUAGGGAACAAGGAAGAGGGAAUUCCAAGAAGCUGUUUGUACAGAGACCGAGACUCAAUAUAAGAAAAUUCAGCUUCAGUGUUAGAACUGUCAGUCUAUGGAAUAGCUUACCAGAGGAUGUUGUAAGUGCUAAAACUCUGAAUACUUUCAAGAAUAGACUGGACAACUUCUGGAAGGACCAGGAUGUGCUCUAUAAUUACAAAGUAGAUUUUAAAACCGAUUACACCGGUAGUCACCCAAGUAGUCACCCAAGUAGUCACAGAGCAAGUUUGGAGUCCGACGAAGAGGACCUUGACAGGACCUGUGUUGGAAAAAUACCAUAA